GUUGUCGUAACUCGUAACACCGGAGAUGGAGAAGCUGCAGAUGAAAGAUUAGAAGAUAUGGACUUUGCUGGCCAAGCUCAAACUUGUAACACUGAAAUUCCUUCCCUCCUUUUCAAUAGCCUUUACUCUUUAAUUGCAAAGGUGUUUCCUUCGCGGCCAAAAUUUGCUCUUUCAGUACUGUUUGAAUGUUAAUUGCAUGUUAUUUGCUCUUUCAGCAGUCAAAGUUGUCUCUGCUAGUUUUUAUCUGCAGAUCGAGUAUAGAGUUGAGAAUCUCUCACUCUCACCUCCAAUUUUACAACUUUUCCUGAAUUUGUAAGCUCCAUUGACCAUGGAGUCUUUGAUUGUGUCUCCGCUGGUAGAGGUGCUCUUUGGAAGGUUGGCUACCACUGUUGUUAGUGAAGUGCGAACUCGCAGAGGGUUCAAGAGAGAGAUAGAGAAGAUGCAGGAGAUGUUACCGGUGAUUCAAGCGGUGAUAGAGGAUGCAGAGGAGCAGCAGAGGAUAAAUAAGAAGGUGAGGAUUUGGCUGGCAAAGCUCAAAUACGUCGCAGUCGAUGCUGACCAUCUGCUUGAUGAGGUUGCCACCCUAGUUCUGCGCAAGCAUUUGAUAAAAGAGGAAUAUUACCGAUCACAUGCUUCCCGAAAGCUGAUUGAAGCUGAGAAGCAUAACGACAGUAGUACUCUCCCGAUACAGCAUCGUCGGCAACUUCGUAAUCAUACGAAUCUGAACAUCAAGGACAAGAUUGGUGUGAUAGUGGGAAAGAUUAAAGAGCGGACAAGAUAUGAGGUAAAGAAAACUUGCUUAACUCUUGAGUCAAUUUCUACUUACCGUAAGAAGUCAUGCAAACUAAAGGAGCUUAGUGCAAGAUUGGAUGAUGUAGCCAAGGAAAUGUCUAGUUUCCAGUUCAAAGAAACUCAGUCGUAUGGACGGUCACGUAUUAUGGAGAGACGCGAAACUGGACCAUCUGUCAAUGAGUCAAAGGUUUAUGGAAGAGAAGAGGACGUGGAUAAGAUUGUGAGGAUGCUAUUGUCUUCCAGUAGUGGUCCUGAUGUCGCAGUAAUUCCCUUUGUUGGUAUUGGAGGGAUGGGGAAAACAACACUCGCUCAGUUAGUCUAUAAUGAUCCGAGGGUUAGAAGCCACUUUCAAUCUUUGAUGUGGGUGUCUGUCAAUGAUAACUUUAACCCGGCAAGGAUCAUAAAUCAAAUGUUGAGUUAUGUUGGAAAGGGCAGCCAUGACUCGUUUCAGAUUGGGGUGCUGCAAUGUCAAUUGAGAGAAUCGUUACUGGGAAAAAGAUACUUGAUAGUGCUCGAUGAUGUGUGGAAUGAGGAUCCAGAUGAAUGGGAUAAAGUAAUGAAUCCAUUGAAAGGCUCCGCAGGUGGAAGUAAAAUUAUACUAACCACUCGGAAUAAGGCAGUUGCAGCCAUAACUAGCACAUUUCCGCCUUUUCAUUUGGAACCACUAAGAAAAGAAGAGUGCUGGAAGUUGUUCAAGCACCGAGCCUUUGCAGAUGGAACAGAGGAUGAUUUUCUGAGACUACUGCACAUCGGUGAGAAAAUUGUAGACAAGUGCAAAGGUGUCCCAUUGGUUGCAAAUAUUCUUGGAAUCAUGCUGCGCUUUAAAAGAGAAGAAAGCGAGUGGUUACAUGUGCAAAGGAGUGAACUAUGGAGUAUUGAUGCAGGUGAGAACAGAAUUCUAUCCAUCUUAAGGCUGAGUUACAAUCAUUUGCCAUCGCAUCUGAAAGCUUGCUUUGCAUAUUGUUCAAUAUUCCCAAAGAAUUAUGAGGUUACUAAGGAAAAGUUGAUCCAUCAAUGGCUCGCAAAUGGCUUAAUUCCUCAUAUUGGAGAGUCUUCAAUUAGGCCAGAGGACAUUGGCAAUGAGUAUUUUAACAAUUUAUUGAUGAUGUCCUUCUUCCAAGAAAUAAGAAAAUAUGAUGACAGAGGUAUGACAGAAUUUAAAAUGCAUGAUCAUAUUAAUGAUCUUGCAAAAUCUGUUGCUGGAGAGGAAUUCUUGACUCUAGAACAAGAAAAUGUGCACUGUAGUCUCUCAAAGACAUGUCAUGCAUCAGUUGUUUGCAGUUCUAGCUCUGCUUUGAUCCCUGAAGCCUUGUGUAAAGCAAAGAGAUUGCGAACCCUCAAUUUCCUGUCGUCAAGAGACGAUUAUGUGGAAGCCAUUCCAAACAUACUAGCAACUUUUAAACACCUCAGAAUGCUGAACUUCAGUGGAUCUGGAAUUAAGAGGCUCCAUCGAGAGAUUGGUGGGCUAAUAUCUUUGCGGUAUCUUGAUCUUUCAAAUACUCUCCUAGAGACGAUGCCAGCAACUAUCUGUGAUCUAUGCAAUUUGCAGACAUUAAAUCUCUCAAGUUGUAGUGAGCUCAAGGAGUUACCAAGUGGUACUACCAAGUUAAUAAAUCUGAGACAUCUUAACAUAGAUGAUUGUCCAAGACUUGCUAGCAUGCCCCCAUCAAUGAGUAUGUUACGACAACUUCAAACUUUGCCGGUAUAUAUCGUCGGCCGCAACUUUGAAACUUCUAUUUCUCAGCUCCUUGCAAUGAACAAUCUACGAGGGAAGUUAAUCAAAUGUCUGGAGGAGGCUAAAAUUCCUGGUCGUACCUACCUGAUGAAAGAAUGCAUGAGAACAAAAGAGUUGCAUUCGUUGGAACUGUUGUGGCAAAAUGAUGGGGGCAAGCAAGAUCAUAACAGAUCUAGGCAAGCUGGCAGGCAAGUUGAUGAUCAAACUGAUCUUAUUCUGCUGGAUAUUUUGACGGUACCGCCCUGUAUAAGAAUGUUGUCAAUAAAUGGUUAUUCAGGAACCAAGUUCCCAGAUGAGAUGAGUUGGCUUCAGAACUUGACUGAGCUAAACAUAAUAAAUUGCAGAAGAUGUGAAAGUCUUCCUCCACUCGGUCAACUUCCUGUCCUCAAGAUCCUCAACAUCCAAGGAAUGGAUUCUGUUGUGCGCAUUGGUGUCGAAUUCUCUGGUGAAGGUGACAGACCAUUUAGUUCUCUUAAAGAGCUAUCCCUCAUAGACUUUCCAGAAUUAAGAACUUGGAGUAGUAUGGGUUCCGCAAGUAAAUCAGAUGUAUUUACUUGCCUGGAAAGACUUAUUAUCACAAAUUGUCCUUCUUUGACAACCAUGCCAUGGUUUCCAUGUCUCCGAGACUUGAAGCUGAGGAAAUGCGUGCAGCUUGACCAAAUGGUAGUACGGUCAGUAUCAGAGCUUACCACACUCUCUACUCUUGUUAUUGACUCCUUUCCACUGAUGAGCUUUCUACCAAAAAAAUUGCUGCAAAACAAUUCACAUCUGAUCUCAUUAACUGUUACUUCCUGCCCCAAGAUUAGCUCACUACCUGAAAAUCUGGGAAUCCUUACUGCUCUGAAAUCGCUGAAGAUUGGAUGGUGUGACGAGCUAGAUACUUUGCCAAGUGGACUAAAGUACCUCACUUCACUGGAGAACUUGGAAAUCGUUGAAUGUCCUAGUAUAAUCUGUUUGCCAGAGAAAGGUAUGGAAGGCUUGUGCUCACUUCGGUCAUUCUCAAUUGAGAACUGUCGGAGCUUAACCUCUUUGCCUAUGGGUAUGAAAUACCUCACAUCUCUUGAGAACCUCACGGUUAUGUUUUUAAAUCUGGUUCAUCUACCAGAGACUUUUCAAUACCUCUUGGCACUUAGAAGCCUGACAAUUAUAAGCUGUCCAGAGCUUACAAGUCUGCCAGUGGGACUGCAACAUGUCCAGAAUUUACAAAUCUUAGAGAUUCAUAGCUGCCCGAAACUGAUGGAAUUGCCUGAGUGGGUGCAGCAUCUUGUUUCACUUCGAUCUUUUAAAAUCUCAGACUGCGCAAAAAUAGAGUUCUUGCCAAAAGGUCUACAAUGUCUUGGUGGGCUCCAACACCUGUCCAUAAGAGACUGUCCUGUCCUUGAGAAGCGCUGCGAAAGGGGAACUGGUGAGGACUGGCAGAAGAUAUCUCAUAUUCCAUAUAUCUAUGUUGGAUCAUCAGCAUUGCAGCAGAGGCAAGACAUUGCAUCCACCUCCCACAAUCCUUAGUGGCAUUUGCAUUGUUGGUGGCUGACAAGCAUGCAUAGGAAGCCAAUAUGUAGCAUCACUUGACAACAGAGUCAUGAAGAUUAGCUACAUCAAGAAAAGAAAAUCUUUGUUUCCAGUUACAUAUUUGCCUUUUUUCUAAAAGAUCAUGUGUAGUUUUCCCUUAGCUCUGAGGAACCAGUUCAGAUAAACAUUGAACUUUGCUUGAUCUGGUGUUGCCAUGAGAAAAUGAGAGAGAGUUGAAGGAUUUUCAUACCCAAGUGGUUGCCCAUGACUUCUGUAGAUCUGAUUGUGACGUAACUCACUGGUCGUUUUAUCACUUGUCAAGUCCUGGGACAAAAGUUGAAAGAAGGGAAGAUGGCUUCGGUAAUGGCUACGUCAUCUGCUCAAGCUGUCUCGUGCAUCUUUGAGGUUACUUUGUUGGUUUAUAUUUUUUAGCAGCUUUCGCUGGUGUUCUGGGUAUUGUUGAUUCAAUACGUUUAUGGUUUGAUGUUGCUUGUUUGGUUGUUUUUGUGUGGGGAGGCUUGCCUCUUUGUAGCUCCUAUUUGGUUCAAUAAACUAUAUUACCAAAAGAACAGCUUAACUGACUCUAAAGAUUAGUGUCUGGCUUAUGCCUGGUAGCAUGGACUUUGCUUUUAUUUGUUCAAAAGAGAGCUUUGCACCAAGAGCUCUCUUUUUCAUUUUUUUUUUUUUUUGGUCAACUACCAAGUGUUCUCUCAGCUUAGUCAGACUGACCAGUGAUCGGACUGGUGAAUGUGGGACCAUCGGGUGGCUGAUUUAGGAUUUCCUUGAAACAUUUAACUUUUUUUUUUAAG